CACCAAUACAGUGUCCAGUCUAGGCGCGAGAGGUAGAUAACUGUAAACACACCACAACCUCACAAGCUUACACUACUUGCAGCGAUCGAGAUAAAAUCCCUAAAAAUAUUCUACCAUGUCUAACUAGUCCAUGGAAUUUCUCACAGUGGAUUAAACUUCCUCCAAAUUAUCCGUGCCGCGUCACAGCUCGCAUCUUGGCACAGCACGUGACUACCAUCUACAAAUGGCCAUGGAGGCGUUUAGACGCUAAACCCAACUCCACGAUGCCGCUUUUCGCGCAGCGUAACAUCGACGUCACAACCCCAGAGUCAACGGUGAGACGUUGGCGAUACCAGACUACCAUACUCUCCUAUUGACCAAAGAGGCCAGCGGUGCUUGGCGCAUAUGACAACCAGCGCUCUGUUUGAACGGCGGAGGGCGCUGCGGUCCUCUUCUCACAUUCGCUACUUUCUGUUUUGCUGUUUCGUCGUCGGUGUCUUGGUUGCUUGGCGAAUGCCCUCAAUGUCAGCGGCCCUUGAGCGACGAAGCAUGGACAACACACAGGCCAUCUUACAACAAUAUGUGGCAGAUGCCCGUGAGGGUUGGAGGGAUGACAACAUUGGCUCGCUACACGCACCGCUUCCGUUGCGUGUCGUCACUUACAAUGUGCGGUACGCGACGCAGUCGCCUGAUGCUGGUGAGAAGCCAUGGAAGGUGCGGGCACCUAAGCUUGGCACGCAGCUACAGUUUAUCACGGCUGGACACGACAAUGCGUUCCUCUGUUUGCAAGAGUGUCUUCAUGAACAGGUUGUUGAGAUUGGCGAGCGCCUAGGGUCGGCUUGGGCAUUUGUUGGCCGAGGCCGCGAUACCAAGGAAACAGAUGGUGAAUACUCGCCUAUUUUCUAUCAGCCGGAGACUUGGGAGUGUGAGCGAUGGGAUACGCGAUGGCUCAGCAAGACGCCGACUAAGCCCUCGCGCGGCUGGGAUGCCGUGCUGAAUCGCAUAGCCACCAUUGGUGUGUUCCGGCACCGGGCUACGGAUACCAGAGUUGUUGUCAUUGCAACUCACUUUGAUCAUGUUGGCCAAGUGGCUCGCAAGCACAGCGCAGAGCUGCUGAUCCAGUUUGCACAGGAGUGGCGAGACGAAUACAACCCCUCGGCGGUGUUUAUUGGAGGCGAUUUCAAUAGCCCGCCAGGUGACGGUGCGUACCAGGCCAUGGUCGCAGAGGGAUCCGGCAUGUCAGACGUCCAUGCUCUAGUUGGCAAGGGCAAACGCUAUGGAAAUGACUUGACAUAUACUGGGUUUGGCAAGGAGACUAGAGAGAGGAUAGACUUUCUGUUUGUGCAGGAACCACGCAGUGUACAAGUCAAGACGUUUGGCACCUUGGCCAAUGUCUUUGACGACGGUGUUAUGAUUUCGGACCAUCGUCCAGUCGUUGCAGACUUUGUACUGCCUGUAUGAUGGAUCUGUUGAAUUAUGGGCUGGGAUUUUGAUUAUAGCGUUAUACAAUUUUGUAUAUAUUUCGAUUAUAGGAUUAGGGUUAGAAUACAUGUCAUUUUACAGCUGCGAAUAAGCGUCUCCUAAAACCAGUACGUACCUAGGAUAAACGCGUAAGGAUUCAAUGCCCAACUGUAAUUAUAUGGUAUGCUCGACAUGUCCAAUGGGGAUGAACAGGCGAAUCCAAGUUCAGUGUAAUCAGCGUAGUUGACAUCAGGCCCGAAUAGCUGUAAUCAGCCGACCAUCGGGAGGUUUAGUCGGCUACAAUGACUGCCGCAUACAAACAACGACAGAUCUAUCCAACCAAUAGAAUGCGUCAUCUUGACCGAAUUCUACCAUGUAAGUUGGUACGACGCCUGCCAGCACUGCCGCAUAAAGGCAUACGCCACUCGACGUCAGAAGGACAGCGGCCGUUGACAUGAAUGGCUCAUGCAAGACCUUAUUGGAAGACAGCCGGAGCUUGUUUGUGUAUAAUACCGCGAAGUCUUGUGAGCUGUUUAGCUGUACAUCCCCACUCUAGCCUGCAACUCCAAGGUGUAGCGUCGGAAGAUU